AUGGCUCAUGCCGUGGGAAUUCCAAAGAUGCAGCCAGAGGGCAGUUUGGCUGAAGCGAUGCUGUCUCCGACGCCGAGCUACCCUUCGCGGGGUCGCUCUGGCAGCUCUGCGCCCUCACCUAGCAGAUCGCUCCGCCAGGUGCCACCGCCGCUUCUGAGCGAUAUCUCACUGGGAAGUGCAUCCACGUCGAGGCCUGGCGCAAGUGGUCCACCACCCGUACGCUUGUCUUCGGGGGAGGGUGCUUCGAGUGGGUCGCACAGAGGAAUCCCUGCUGUGGUACGAGCUCGGCCGCUGGCGCGGAGCUGGUUGGAAGAUCAGGGUCGACAGGUUGAUGUGGUGCCUGCGAGAUAUCUCGAUCCGGGCUUCCGGAGCGAACGGAACGCGGAGGUGUACUCCAGAGACCCCAUCAGGCAGAUGGAGAUCGACCCGAUCGACCCUCGCAGCGGUCGUCCCUGGAGUGGUCACUGAUGCCGCCACGAAUGCGUCACAGCGAAUGGAACUCGGAAAAUUUGCGUUGAUCAGGAAAGAACUGGCUCGUGG